AUGAACCAAUUAUACGUACAUUAUUUAUCAUGGACAUCUAUAUUAGAUGAACCAGUUACAUCAAUAACAAUAUCUCAACUACAUGAUUCAAGGUAUCCCGGUGUUAGUAAUUUGGUGAUUAAAUGGAAUCGUCAAAAUGUUGUUUUCUCUUCAUUAGCAACGCCAGGCAUAUUUACGACGUAUCUUGAAACACCUGGUCGUUCCCGACACGUAAAACUUGGAAUAAACUUGUAUAUCGAUGCUAAUCAAAAUUAUACUUCGGAAGAGAAAGACACAAAUCGUUUAACUAUUGAACGAUUUAGUUGUUGUGCACGUAAUGUAUAUAAAAGUGGACAUGAAAAGUAUUUAUAUCGACCGUGUUUUAUUCAGUAUCUAUCAAUUCAUCAGCAACUAAUUGGACUUUCUAAAGAACAACUUUUAGAAAAUCACAUAACACUUGCUCAUUAUAUAUCGAUGAGCCAACCACGUACAAUGCCAGGAUGUGGUUUUAACAAAACCGUUGAAGAUACUAGUAUUCGUGAUCGAUUCGGUGAUAGGGUAAAAACUGCGAUAGCAGCUUUGAGUAUUUUACACUUCUAUCUUUCACGUAAGAAAUCGCAAACAACAUCAUCAUAA